CGAACUCCAUAGUAGUUAUACGAAUCGGAUCGUUGAUUUCCGCAUCCAUCCAUCCAUCCACACAUCUCUUUCAGGCCACCCACAAUUCCAGUUGUGUCCAAAAGGGCGGAUUGCCGCGUGUUGACAUCUGGUUGCCACCAAAGCGCCCGAGCGUUAGUCUAAUCAGAUCUAGUUCUCUGCCUACCUACGCCUACCCGAAUAUAUCUCGAUUCUCCACGCUCAGCAAGAUGCAUCUGAUUCUAACUGGCGCUACCGGUCUGGUGGGCACCGCUGCUCUCGACGCCAUGAUCAAAUGUAAAGACGUCACCAAGAUCUCGGUUGUGAGCAGACGGCCAGUCAAGUUCACUGAUGACCGCAUCAAUGUCAUUAUCCACAAAGACUUCGCGUCCUACGACAAAGACCUCCUUGACAAGCUACAAGGAGCCCAAGCUUGUGUCUGGGCACUGGGCAUCAGCCAGACCCAGGUCAGCAAGGAGGAUUACAUCACAAUAACCAAGACUUACCCUCUCGCUGCGGCAAAAGCCUUCCAGUCUCUCGCGUCAGGAGUAGAAAACAGUCAACCGUUCCACUUUGUCUACGUCUCCGGCAACGGCGCAACCUUUACCCCGGGCCGCUUGACUCCGUUCUUUGGGCGUAUCAAGGGCGAAACCGAACUGGCGCUGGCUGAGAUGCAAAAAUCGAAUCCUUCUACUCUCAGGGCAACCACCGUCCGCCCCGGAUUCGUCGACUGGACUGGCCACGCCGAAAUCAAGCCUUUCCUGCCGGAGCUUGGGACGUUCAGGAGCAUGGUCGGAAGCAUCAUGUCACCGAUCAUGAAGCACGCGGCGAAGAGCAAGUGGAGCCCCACUGAGCCCCUGGGGAAGUUCCUGACGGGCAUGGCCAUGGGCAUGUGGGACAAUGCUCUGGACGGCCAGGGGGUUGAGAGAUUGCCUGGUGGGUUUACCAUCGUGGAUAACACGGGGUUGAGAAGGUUGAUGGGCUUGGAUUGAUGAUCCCGUGGGGGAAGUCGAUGAGACGUGUGAAGAAGUGAUUUCAGCUUCAAUUGCCCGAACAGGUUUGUAAGCAUGUAUCUCCUAAUUGUAAAACACAUGAUCAUAAUCAAAUCACCACUCGCAGCAUGUAUAAGGUACCUUAGCCAGGUAACAUUGUCAUCAAGGGAAGGUGCCCGCCCCUGUAUGCACAAUUCUUCCUCGUAGGGAUCAAAUUUAGAGUACUGCCAAAUUCUGGAGCGGGGUUACUUGCUCC